AACAUAAAUUAGGAGUAUUUGAUUUGAGCUAAAAAUAUCAUCUUCUUUCGUAUCCACAAAAUCGGAAUCCAAACCCCCCUCUCUCUGCUUCUCUCAUGGCUAUGGCAAUUACAAGUAGUAGCAGCCGAAUCCUGUGCAGCAGGAAGCCAUGGAACGACGGCGUAUCUCCUUCAUUGCCUCACCGUACUUUCACUGUCUCCGCGACCCCCAAGAAGAGCUCCAAUUCCUCCCCCAGAACCGGGAGAUUCGACAGUAAGAACCGCCGCAGCGGCCCUGUCAUCACCAAGGAGCAAGAGCAGCUAGAGGAAUUCAUCCAAGGUACGCCUGAGAUUGGCGCCGUCGAUGACGGAUUCGUCAUGCCGGAGCUCCCCGGGGAUAAGCCUAGCUUCUGGGAAGGCUCUCAGUGGGACGGCCUAGGCUUCUUCGUUCAGUAUAUGUGGGCUUUCGGCAUCCUUUUCGCGUUAAUCGCAUGUGGUGUUGCUGUUGCUACAUAUAACGAAGGGGCGACAGAUUUCAAGGACACUACUGUAUACAAGGAAUCAGUUCAAUCCAGAGACCUUCUAGAUGAACCAGAUGCAUCAAGCUCAGACGUGUUCGAGUCUAAUCCAACAGAACAAGCACCUAGUUUGGAGUAGUAUGUAAACAUUUGAUGCUAAAAGUUGUAACAAGAUAAGACAGCAAAGAAACAUAUGUAUCUUGGAGGUAUGUAAAGCCCCUGAUGUCUUAUGCACCCUGUCAUAUUCUUACAUUAAUGGAGUAUUAAAUACCAGAUUGUAUUGUA